AUGUCGCGCGCGGUCAAAUCUGCGAUCGCAGCGCGACGCAGCGCGAGCGACACCCCUGAAAAACAGAGCGCCCAUGCGGGGUACGACGCCGAGUCGCGCACCCAAAAACCAUUGACCGACGCUUUGAAUGCGGCAUGCACUUCUGGUUUGUACCUUUCGCUGAUAUCAGGUCGACUAAAUCUUUCGGGCCGCUCCCCACCAUUGACAGAGUCCCCUACGGAGCUGCUAGACUUGCUGCAGGACGAGCCCCCCGCGUGGUAUACGCCCGCCGAGGACGAGGCUGCGUCGUGGUCCUGUCGCACUAGUUUGCACAUACUCUUGCUGGGCUCCAACCAGAUCGACCAGGUGCCUGAUCGACUCGCCGAAUUCAGGGACCUUGCGCGACUGGAGCUGCAAGGAAACCAACUUACUACGUUGCCGCUCGCACUGGCGCGGCUGCUAAACUUAACGUCGUUGAAUCUCACGAGCAACCAGCUUCAACAUGUGCCUGCAUGCAUUAUAGGUAUGCCGUCUCUCGUCCACCUUGAUCUAAGCCACAACGCAUUGGAAUCUCUGUGGACCGCGAACGAUAUGCAGCAAGGCCAUCAGGCCGCCUCGGAUGCCGUCGAGUCAUCACCUUCCUCUGGUCAUUCCGAAAUGGCCCUCCUUCCCCACUUGAAAACGCUCGAUCUGAGCCACAACAAGCUUACCACAUCGGCAUUGGUAGUAUCUUGGCCCAGCUCACUCGUGCAAUUGGAUUUGAGUCACAACCUUCUCCAAGAGCCUAUUCUCGUUGCAUCAUGGUACCCUCUUACUAACUUAGAGGAUCUUUCUCUUGCCAAAAAUCCACUUGGAGAUACUAUGUUUGUUUCGGAUAGUCAAAACAAAGUCUUUUCCAAGCUCACGACGCUCGACAUACGCGGGACGCAAGCUACCGCUCUGAACGCUCUGGAAGUCGCAUUUGCAUCUGCUCCCUCUGUGAGUCUCAGCGAAGCGCGUGACCGACAGCGCUCGCCACCUACGCCUGCCGCGUCUUCCGGAUUGUGCACAGCGCACCAACUAGUCCGCGUGGCUGCCAAGCCUGCCCCACACGACGCCACCGAAGUCAAGUCAGCUUUACAACAGACCUGCGCACUCCCUGCCCUGUUUGUUCUUUCGGAUAUCCAAGUUCGCACGGAAUCGCAUCGUCGCCGGCGCGGCGGACGCGGGCGUGGUGGUGAGGACCGGAAUCGUGCACAGCACGACCGUGAGGACGAGGGCAGCACACCUCCCAAUGCGGGCAGCGCGCUGGCUAACGCCAAACUUUCCACCAAGAAAAAAGAAGCCCUGGGUCAGGUGCCAUGCAAAUUUUUCCGCAACAACGGAUGCUCAGCUGGCGAGGCAUGUCCGUUUGCUCACACACUUCCAGGAGAAGGGCAGCCGAAGGCAGUAUGCCAGUGGUUUAUUAAGGGCAGCUGCCGAUUUGGCCAUCGUUGUGCGCUGGCGCACAUCCUGCCUGGACAGCCUAUGAGUAUGGACCGAAAGAACAAGCGUGCGGCACAGCAAAAUGCCACGCAAGCCGCCAAAGGAGCGGAGGAACAGCGUGGCGCCAACGAGAAAAGCGACACAUCUCAGGGAUCUCGUACAGCUCCUGUGCCUGCGCCAGCCCCCCCUGCGGCAUUCCAUGGUGCGCGCGAUGCCACAGGCGACGACCUGCCCAUCGCUUUGUCCGCCUUGACGCCGGACUCGGAUACGCCCUCUCUUUCGCGCCCAUCUGCUUGGGGCAGUGACAUGCCCCUUACGGCGCGCACUUACGAACCUCCCAGUACGACGGCCUUUGGCACGAGUCCUUUUGAUCAGCCCGGCUCUCACAGCUUCUUCUUCAAUGCGGCUAGUGCCGACGCGCGGCCGACACGCGAUAUCUCGGCAGUGUGGGGUGCUGACUCUAUACGGAGUGAAGAUAUGGGUCCAGAGGCAGGUCAUGCGGAAGACUUCCUGCCGUCUAGCUUGACCGACCUGCUUACACCGGCGGAGCUGGAGCGACGCAUGCGACACGCUCGGGAUCCCUCUUCCAGCUCAUUCACAACCAUUUAA